GUCUUGACUGCGGUCAACUAAUCCAAGUGUCUGUGCGCGGAGACAAACACAACAGCAGGUCGCGACGUUCCUGUCAACUCCAGGAGUAAACCGGGGAGAGCCGGGAGGAGCGACGCCGAGAUUGUACCGUGUUUUCAGGAGACGUUCCAAAAAAAUUUUCCUUAGGUUUGCUUUUAUUUUGUCCUCCGGAGAAGGCGACAAGUGGCACUUUGGAACACACACACACACAGAGGGAAAAGGAUUUGUGGAGAGCGUCAAAGCGUUUACCAAGUUGGUCUCCUGCUCACCUUAACAUGGCUUCAACGACCUGCACCAGGUUCACUGAUGAGUACCAGCUGUACGAGGAGCUGGGGAAGGGAGCGUUCUCCGUGGUCAGACGGUGCAUGAAGAUUUCCACAGGGCAGGAAUACGCCGCCAAAAUAAUCAACACCAAGAAGCUGUCUGCCAGGGAUCACCAGAAGCUGGAGCGCGAGGCCAGGAUCUGCCGCCUGCUCAAGCAUCCCAACAUCGUGCGGCUCCAUGACAGCAUAUCAGAGGAAGGAUUCCACUAUCUGGUCUUUGACUUAGUUACCGGCGGUGAGUUGUUUGAGGACAUUGUUGCCAGGGAGUACUACAGCGAAGCGGAUGCCAGUCACUGCAUACAGCAGAUUCUAGAAAGUGUAAAUCAUUGCCACAUAAAUGGCAUAGUGCACAGGGACCUAAAGCCAGAGAAUUUACUCCUAGCCAGCAAGUUGAAGGGGGCGGCGGUUAAACUGGCAGACUUUGGCCUGGCCAUUGAAGUGCAGGGAGAUCAGCAGGCAUGGUUUGGUUUUGCUGGCACACCAGGAUACCUGUCUCCAGAGGUGCUGAGAAAAGAUCCCUACGGCAAGCCAGUGGACAUGUGGGCCUGCGGUGUGAUUCUCUACAUCCUUCUAGUGGGAUAUCCUCCAUUCUGGGAUGAGGACCAGCACAGACUCUACCAGCAGAUUAAGGCUGGGGCUUAUGAUUUCCCUUCUCCUGAGUGGGACACGGUGACUCCAGAGGCCAAAGACCUGAUCAACAAGAUGCUGACCAUCAAUCCAGCUAAGAGAGUGACUGCUACAGAUGCUCUUAAACACCCCUGGAUCUGCCAACGCUCCACUGUGGCAUCCAUGAUGCACAGACAGGAGACUGUGGAGUGCCUGAAGAAGUUCAACGCCAGAAGGAAACUCAAGGGUGCUAUCCUGACUACCAUGCUCGCCACUCGCAACUUCUCAGCAGCCAAGAGCCUGCUGAACAAAAAACCAGAUGGUGUCAAAAUCAACAACAAGGCCAAUGUGGUCACCAGCCCCAAAGAGCCUGUCCCCACUCCUUCUCUGGAGCCUCAAACCACUGUUAUCCACAACCCAGCUGAUGGAAACAAGGAGUCCAGCGAGAGCGCCAACACUACCAUCGAGGACGAGGACGUGAGAGCUUACCUACUUAGCAUGAAAGCUCGUAAGCAGGAGAUCAUUAAAGUCACCGAGCAGCUGAUCGAGGCCAUCAACAACGGCGACUUUGAGGCCUACACGAAGAUCUGUGAUCCUGGCCUCACUUCCUUUGAGCCUGAGGCCCUGGGUAACCUGGUGGAGGGCACUGACUUCCACCGCUUCUACUUUGACAAUGCUCUGCCCAAGGUGAAGCAACCCAUCCACACCAUCCUGCUCAACCCCCAUGUCCACCUGAUCGGGGACGAGGCCGCCUGCAUCGCCUACAUCCGCCUCACCCAGUACAUCGACAGCAGCGGCAUGCCUCGCACCAUGCAGUCGGAGGAGACCCGCAUCUGGCACCGCCGCGACAGCAAGUGGCAGAACAUCCACUUCCACCGCUCCGGCUCGCCCACCAUCCCCACCAACUGAGAGGACGAUCUUUGACUACAAACCCUCCAGCCUACAGCAGUCAGCUGAACAGACCCUGCCUAUCAAGUGUCCAUCAGACCCCUCAGCCAAUCCCUGCCCAUGAUAGCUAGAGCUCCGCCCUCUCAGUGUGUUGUUUACAUAUUGUCGCUGCUGGACUGAAGAUUAUUUUACAUGUUUGGGGGAGAGAAAAAAAAAUGAGGAAGAAAACUUCACGUCUGACAAAAUCAUUUUGUAGUGAGAGUGUGUGGUGUUCAUUCUGGGAUAUUGCCAUCUGCAGCAUGUUUUAUUAUCAAGGUUUUUUAGAUCAGUAUGUUUUAAAUAGAAGUGGUUUUCACAGGAGCCAGUCCUUCCAGUUGGGCUGGUGAAUUAUGUGAACGUUCCAGUCAUCAUGUAGUGACAGUUUUUCAUUUGAAUAUUGCACAUAUUGAGAACUCAUGAGCUGUUGUGAUGUUUCUUCGCCUUUCGGGCACGACGACCAAUAUAUCACAUAUCUGCUUUUUAUCAUGUAUCGUUUCAGACCGGCCAUCUAUUAAUGCUCAGGCACACGCUUGCUUUUGUUUUGGUGACGUAUAGGUUUGAGUAAUUGAUGUAACUCGCUCUCUUAACUUAAUCUUUAGCAGUAUCCAUAUGAACUGAGUUGGCUAAUUUUAAAAUCUGUUUUUUCUGGUUUGCCAUUGGAACUAAGUAUGUUUGCUAGGAAUUUUAACUACAUGUUUAAAAGGGAAAAAUCAGUGGAAGCGUGUUUUACUUUGGACCACCGUCUUUACAGAGCAGUCUCUUAUGAUAGAAUGUAAACUGUAGAGAUCCAUAGAAUUCUUUAAGGCCAUCCUGUGACUCUUUACAGUCGCAUCAUAUUUUCAUACAGAGAGGAGCUGAUUAUGUGAAUUUUAUCACUUCUGUUUUGUUGUUUACUUUUUAUAUUGUGAUAUUGAUGCUCGUCCCUCCACUCGCUUUCCUUUAGGCCCUCUCAACCUUCGUCUGUGAUUCCCUCCUUUAUUGUCUCUUUGACUGGUGCGGGCCAGUCUUUUACAGCACCAUGUUUUACACUGGACAAGACUAAAGCAGAGGCAUGGUGAUGACACUGACAGGAAUGCCAAAUUCAGCUGAAACUCACUUUGGUUCAUUCAUUCUUUACCAUGGGGGAAUUGAAUUAGCUGUUCUAGAUACUCUAUGAUGUUAUUUUAGUGUCACUGUUGAAUUAAAGGGAAAGGGGAUUGUUAUCACUUAGAGGUUCAGAUUGUAUAACACUUCAGGUCAGGAUGUUGGGAAAUGACAGAAAAAAACACACGUUCAAACAUAAAGCCACAGGGUGUCCACUAAUGAUUCUGUUUGUGUUUAAGGAUAUUGAGAUUCUUCUUGUUCAGAAAUCUAUUUGCUUUCUUUUGUUUAAUCACAUUUGUCCCUCACACAGCACACUUUGUUUUUAUCUUUCUAAGUUGUGUUGAAACCCCCGAUGGGACACUGGUAUAUAAUGUUACCAUGAUGGGACAAGCCUGAUGUAUGUUUAAGAAAUAUCAAAUAAAAUGUGUGAUUUAUGCCAAA